UCGCGGACACACACACACACACACACACACCAGUUCUAUAGUGAUUCCGCUCACUUCAGUGUGUAAUGGAGUAAAACACAGCUCUGUUUCUCUCUCGUUUUUCUAUACGACCUCCUCCAACUACCAUGACUUCUUCUCCGAGGUGGAAUUAAAGUGUUCCAGAGGAUCUACAUGCGAUACCUGCCUCAUGUCGGGGACGGAUCUAAAACGAGCGCUGGAUCCGGAGGAUGAGGACGGACCCGAUCUCCAGCCCAAGAUGGCGGCCAUAUGGGCGGAGUCCUCCACGGUGUACUCGUGGCAGAGGCAGACGGUCCUUCAGCUGUCGCUUCAGAAACUGUGCCACGUUCCCACUCUGGGCCGCCGAGUCCUAAUCACCAACACGCUCCGCCUCAUCCAGGAGGAGAUCGGCCACCAGGGGGCGCUGCGGCCGACCCCUGUGCCUGAGGACCGCCAGAGACUUUCCCAGCAUCAUGUAGUGGAGGUCAGUUUGACCCCGGCGUGGGUUCUAGAGCAGGACGACAAGCCGGAUUUCUGUCCUAAAAACACCUUCGCGCCGACGCUUCCGCAAACUGAUGACGCAAGCGCCGAGACGCCAACACAGAGCCUUGAUUCUCACCUCCAGCCCACCUCGAGCCAAACCCCCUCACCCAUUACCCCCUCACCCGUUACCCCCGCGGCGCUCCUCCCGGACCUCUCACUCGAUGAUUUCCUCUUCUCGGACCUCGACAACUUUCUGUGCGAGUUUAACCCUUGCACCUUGAGCCUCAGUCCCACGCCAGCCUCACAGUCGAAGGUCGUGUCCAUGGUGACGGAUGACUUUGUCAGGACCUUAACGAACCAGCCUUUCAAAACGGACAUGAAUGAACUGGAGCACAUUAUGGAGGUGCUGGUCGGAUCGUAAGGCCAAAAAAAUGUUUUUUUUAAAUGCCCAUAAUUAUUUACGCAACGAUUAAAAUUCUUUUAAAAAGAAUUGUUCGGAAUACGUCAGGGGUUAUAAGUCAGCUUAUAUUAAACGUGUACUUAAAAAAAAAAAAAAAAAA